AUGGCAUCACUUAUACAAAAAAUCGUCCGCAAUGAUGCGAUGCGAGAAGAUCCUACGGAGAUAUAUGGAUGGAGAGUUUAUAUGCUUGCCUGCUCGGCAUGCUUUGGAGGCAUGUUAUUCGGUAUGGACUCCGGUAUCAUCGGCGGUGUUCUCACCAUGAAGCCAUUCGAAGCUACAUACGGCCUGCUGGAUCUCAGCGAUGUCGGAGAAGCAAACCUGUCCGCCAACAUCGUCUCUACCCUUCAGGCGGGCUGUUUCUUUGGAGCUCUAGGCGCGGCCCCUGCUGCCGACAAAUGGGGAAGACGGAAUUCGUUGAUCGGGUCUGCGGUUCUGGCCAUAAUAGGAAUUACCAUGCAGACUGCGGCAAGCGGUCACCUCACUUGCAUGUACAUCGGACGUCUUAUAACUGGCUUUGGAGUCGGAGGCGCCUCAAUGAUCAACCCCCUCUACGUAGCAGAAAACGCUCCACGGGCUAUCCGUGGAGGAUUAACAGGUCUCUAUCAGCUAUUUAUCGCAGCCGGAAUCAUGAUUGCAUUCUGGAUAAACUACGGUUCUUUACUCCACAUCUCCGGGCCAGCCAUGUAUAUCGUUCCAUUGGCAAUGCAGGGCUUGCCAGCUGUUCUGCUUCUAGUGGGCAUGCUCCUGUGCAACGAGUCGCCGCGAUGGUUGGCAAAACAGGAUAGAUGGGAAGAGGCCCGCGCGACUCUCGCCAAAGUCCGCGCUUUGCCGGCUGAUCACCCUUACAUCGAACAGGAGUUCCAGGCUAUUGCUACGCAACUGGAACAUGAGCGUGCUCUCGUUGGCGGCUCCGGGUUCUGGGAUCUCAUGAAGGAGAUGUGGCUCAUUCCGGGUAAUCGGAAACGAGCUCUUAUUUCUAUCUUCUUGAUGAUUUGCCAGCAGAUGACUGGGACAAACGCUAUCAAUUACUACGCACCUCAAAUCUUCGAGAAUCUCGGCGUAGAAGGUAGCGCAACAGGCCUCUUCGCAACAGGCGUCUACGGCAUCGUAAAGAUGGUCGGCUGCGGCGUGUUCUUGAUCUUCGUCGCCGACUCACUUGGCCGUCGCCGCUCGCUCCUAUGGACCUCUGUCGGACAGGGCCUUGCAAUGCUCUACAUCGGACUCUACGUCCGCAUCGCACCGCCUGUCAAGGGCGCACCCGUCAUUCCUGCGGGCUACGUUGCCCUAGUGUGUAUUUUCCUGUUUGCGGCUUUCUUUCAGUUUGGUUGGGGCCCCGUCUGCUGGAUCUAUGUUUCUGAGAUUCCGACUGCAAGACUGCGGUCUCUGAACGUUGCUUUUGGUGCGGCUACGCAGUGGCUGUUCAAUUUUGUGGUUGCGAGGGCUGUGCCCAAUAUGCUUGCUACUGUUGGAAGUAACGGAUAUGGGACGUAUAUCAUCUUUGCAUGCUUCUGCUUUUCGAUGGGUGUGUUCGUCUGGUUCUUCAUUCCUGAGACGAAAGGCUUGUCUCUUGAGAAAAUGGACGACCUUUUCGGCGUUACAGAGCUGGUGGAGCAUAAAAUGGCCGAUCCUGAGCGAGCCUCGACACAGGGUGAUGCAGACAAAGCUACGAAUGGUGAGCAUGUCGAGCGGGUGACUCCCGAGGCCCGUAGGGAUGAAUGA